AUGGACUACAAUAAACCUCUCGACCUUCUUCACAUGGCGGAAGAAUCUGAUUGGGUCAAUAAAGUAAACCUGGCUCGCGUGGACGGACGUCUUUGCAACUGGGCCAAGGGUUUCCAUCCCAAAAAUCUUUCAUGCCGGCUGGAUGGAGGUUUCCUGAACGGUCCAUACAACCUUGGCCAGAAGCUUGCCUUUGACGAUGGGACAACCUGGUUUCUUCGCCUCCCUCGAGCUAGCAGCAUUUCUCCAGAAUAUGCAGACGAGAAGGUGGCUAUGGAAGUGGAAGCCCUUCACCUUAUCCGGGAGAAGACGUCCGUACCCGUCCCAGAAAUUUACGCCUGA